UUUUUCCUCCAUCCGUGCCCACUCGCUCGUCAGGAGGCCGCCCAUGUCUCCAGCUUCCGCUCGCAUUGUAGGGUGGUCCAGAAGAAGGAUACAGCGGAGCGAAAAUGGGAGUAGAAAUUCAGACUAUAACUCCGGGUGACGGGCGGACUUUUCCGAAGAAGGGGCAGCGCGUCGUGGUGCACUAUGUUGGCACACUGGCAGACGGUAAAGUGUUUGACUCUUCGAGGUCCCGGGGCAAGCCGUUCAAAUUUAAGAUCGGACACCAGGAGGUGAUUCGGGGAUGGGAAGAAGGAGUAGCCCAGAUGAGUGUGGGUCAGCGGGCAAAGCUUAUUUGCUCACCAGACUACGCCUAUGGCAGCAAAGGUCACCCAGGGAUCAUCCCACCAAAUGCCACUCUCACCUUUGAUGUGGAGCUGAUUGGUCUGGAGGCCUGAAACUUGUGCACUCAACUUUAAUUCCACUCAGAUUUUCAGGGUUGACUCCUAUCUCGGGAACAUGGAGGAAAAAGGUUAACAGAUGGUUCCUGCUCUUGAUUCCUGCAUAGGACCUAUGUCUUUUGUUACACUAUUUCACUCUCCUUUACAUUUAUAUACAAGUUCUGUUUUGUCACUUGCUUUAAAAUGUUAUCCCUUAUAUUAUACUUUAGAUUCCAGACAGUAAUAAGUCAUAGGCCAUCUUAUCACAUGUAUUUUGUCAUAUACUGCUUUGUAUUUUUAUGGUCGUAUUUUUUUUUUUUUU